AUGAAUUUUAACAUUUUAACCUUACUUUUGUGGCUCAUUGGCACAAUUUUGGUUGGUUUUAUAUGUCUGGCCUUGUGUUUUAUGCUAUACUUGCAUCAUGUACACAAAAGCAGCGCUCAUUUGCCAGGACCACCGCGUUCAAGCUUCAUAUUUGGCAACCUUCCUGACUUUUGGAAAUACAAGAAAGCGACGGGCAAAACGAUGAUCGAAUAUGUGACGGAAAAACGACUGGAAUAUGGACCAAUCUUUUUGAUGACUUAUUUUGACAAAUGUGUAGUCUACCUUGGGGACCCAAACUAUAUUAAAGAAGUAUUCAUAAACAACCAUACAUAUCUACGUAAGCCUCCCUUUCUUUACGAUAAAAUGGCGUUUGUAUUUGGCGAGAGAGGUCUAGGAUACGGAAUUGUUACAAAUACCGAUGAGUUAUCCUGGCAUAAGAAACGGCACAUUAUGAAUCCCGCUUUUCAUCGGAAAUGCUUGAAAGAUUUCAUGACGAAUUUCAACAAUGUUUCCGAUAGAUUUUUGAUUCGCAUGACCGAGGUAGCUGUGGGUGGUAAACCUGUCAGUAUGAUAGAAGAAUUUGCAAAAGCUACACUCGAAACUAUUUGUGAAGUUUCGUUUAAUAUUAAUACGAACGCGAUCAAGAAUCCUGAAUCCAUAUUUUCGUCCGCAAUUCGCAACUAUCUCAGGGGGGCAGAAGCAAACAUUGAAUAUCCCAUCAGCUCGAUAUUCUUGGGAAUUUUUCAGUUUAAGCUAUUCCAGAAAACUUCCCAAGGAGUUCAAAUAAAUGCGGCACGAUUUCUUCGAAAAUUUGCUUCAGAUUGCAUCGCCGCUCGAAUGAAGGACAUUGCUGAAAACAAGGAUGUACCCAACGAUUUGAUGAAUCUUUUGAUUAACGAUGGUAGUUUAACAAGAGAGGAGAUCGUUGACGAAUUCAUAACCAUCUUAAUUGCUGGCCAGGACACAACAACAAGUUCACUGGCAUUUACAUUAUAUGAAAUUCUCAGUAACCCCCAUGUUGAAGCAAAGCUUUUGAAUGAAAUCAAAGAAGUUCUUGGUGAGCGAGAAGAAGUUAAAUUUGAUGAUUUGGCAAAACUCAAAUACAUGGGCCAAGUAUUGGAAGAGAAUCUAAGGAAGCAUCCCGUUUCUGUAGCACCUUUUAGAGUUUUGGAAGAAGAGAUCACAGUGGCGGGUUAUCGAAUACCAAAAGGAAACUGGGUUGUUGGCAGUUCCCUGAUGUUUGGUAUGAACCCAGAAAUCUGGAAAGAUCCCGAAGUUUUUGACCCAGAAAGAUUUGCAGAUGCUGGAAAUAUCCCAAACCUGAGCAUGAUACAUUUUCCAUUUUCCGUUGGUCCUCGUAGUUGCAUUGGACAAACAUUUUCAAAGUUUGAGUCCAAAGUUAUCCUUGCAAAGCUGUUUCAAAAGUUUCAGUUCAAGCUUCUUCCAGAUCAAACUGAUCGAAUUGAGAGCAGGAUGUCAUUGGCACCUCGAGAUGGUGUGAUGUGUGAAGUUAGAAGACGCACUGGAAGUCCCAAUGUAGAGUGA